ACUGUGUGCUGCUGGCCCAGAGUGCAGGGAGAUGGCCGUUUCCCCCAGCACCCUCCCCAGGUGUCUGCUCACCCUCAUCCUCCUGCUGCUGCCCAUCCUGGAUGCAGCUCCCACGAAAGCCUUCAGCCCUCUGGAGCCCAUCCUAGCCGUGGUGGGUGGCGACGCAGAGUUGCCCUGCCACCUGUCCGUGAACAUGAGCGCCGAGCAGGUGGAGCUGCGGUGGUUCCGACAUACCUUCUCGCCUGCCGUGCUGGUGUACCAGGCCGGACGUGACCUGGAGGACGAGCAGAUGCCCGAGUACCGCGGGAGGGCCACGUUGGUGCCGGAGGAGCUCGCCGAGGGGAUCGCGGCUUUGAGGAUCCGAGGCGUCAGGGCCUCCGACGACGGCGAGUACCGGUGUGUCUUCAGAGAGGACUCCAGCUACCAGGAGGCCGCCGUGCGCCUGAGCGUGACCGCUCUAGGCUCUGAUCCUCAUAUCCAUAUGGAAAUUCAAGACAGUGGAGAGAUCCGCCUGGAGUGUACCUCAGCGGGCUGGUACCCAGAGCCCCAGAUGGAGUGGAGAACAUCCCAGGGAGAGAAACUUGCAUCUGCAUCAGAGUCCAUGAAUGCUGAUGAAGAAGGCCUGUUCACAGUGGCUGCCUCGAUGGUCAUCAGAGACAUCUCCCUGAGGAACAUAUCCUGUUGCAUCCGGAACUCCCUUCUGGACCAGGAGAAAGAAGCAGGGAUUGCUGUACCAGCUCGCUUCUUCCCAAGGCUGCCUCUCUGGGUGGUGGCUGUUGCUGUUGUUCUGAUAAUCCUAGGACUUCUCACUCUCAUGUCCAUGUUUUUCAUCUGGAGAUUAUACAAAGAAAGAGCCCAAGAGAGAAAGAAGGCAUUCGGCUCUAAAGAGAAACUCCUGGAGGAACUCAAAUGGAAAAAGGCCACACUGCAUGCAGUGGAUGUGACUCUGGAUCCAGACACAGCCCACCCGCACCUCUUCCUGUAUGAAGAUUCAAAAUCUGUACGGUUGGAAGACUCACGUCAGAAACUACCCGAAAAGGCAGAGCGAUUUGAUUCCUGGCCCUGUGUGCUGGGCCGUGAAGCCUUCACCUCGGGCAGGCACUACUGGGAGGUAGAGGUGGGGGACAGGACCGACUGGGCCAUUGGCGUGUGCAGGGAGAACGUGGUCAAGAAAGGAUUUGACCCCAUGACGCCUGAGAAUGGCUUCUGGGCUGUAGAACUGUAUGGAAAUGGGUACUGGGCCCUCACCCCGCUCCGGACUCCUCUCCCAUUGGGAGGCCCCCCUCGCAAAGUUGGAAUUUUCCUGGACUAUGAUGCAGGUGACAUUUCCUUCUACAACAUGGCUGAUGGCUCCCACAUCUAUACUUUCCCCAACGUCUCCCUCUCUGGUCCCGUCCGGCCCUUCUUUUGCCUGUGGUCCUGUGGUAAAAAGCCCCUGACCAUCUGCUCCACUGCUGGUGGGCCUGAGGAGGUCCCAGUGAUCACUGAGGCCCAGGGGCUCUCUAAAGAUAUCCCAUUGUCCCCCAUGGGGGAGGACACUGCCUCGGGGGACACAGACACUCUCCAUUCUAAACUAAUCCCUGCCCAAGCCAGCCAAGGGGCACCUUAAGGAAUGGUCCAACUUAGCUCAGUUUCUUUGCUCAAACCUUCUUCUCCAUCACCCUGAGUCUACCUGUGUCAACCACGCCUUGCUUUUCUUGUUGGGCAGCAAUGAAUUUGUCUUGGGAUGGUUAUGCUGGCUUUUGUUGAUGCUGCUGCUACAUGGAGUAGGGAGAAGGACCAACUUGCUUCUGUACCAAUUUUCCUAACACGGAUGGGUGACUCUUAAACUAUUAUUAGUAUCUUCCUGUCACGUAUGGUUAGAAACCACAGGGAAGGGUUUUGGGAUAAAUUCAAAGGAUAGAUACCUUUAGAUUCAAGGUGGGGUUAGGUUGACAUGGGGUUAUGGCAGAAAUGUUUUGGUAUCCAGAAUAAGGGUAUAUGAAUGGAUGCAUUUUGGGCAAAUCCAAAGGAUUCUGGGGAAGGAUGGUUUCAGGUUGAAAUUCCUUAAAAGAGCCCUAAGGGAAUAUCAGAACAGAGCCAAGAGAUGUGAGCCCAGGCCACCAAUGUUCCCCUAGCAUACCCCUGAAGUUUGUAGACCUAGCUCUUAAUUUCUCUAAACCACAUCCUGUGAAAGUGAGGAAGCUGACCCCGCUUAUAUGGCAGCUGAGCCGGGGGUAGAAGAGCAGACAUGAACAGGUCAGUGGGCCCUGCAGAAAGUGUGAUGGAGGAGACAGCUCCAAGUUAUCUGCACGGUUGCACCUCAACCUCUGUGCCUCUCUCUGUCCCUAAUGUUUUGCCGGGUCUGCAGAUCAAGCUAACCUUACUUGGUUGAUUCCAUGAGUUUCAAAUUCUCUUAUUCUCUGUGCUCUAGCAUAAGCCCUCUACUUAACAGAUUUCUGCAGGAAGCAUCCUAUCAAGCCACUGACUCAGCCUCAGGCCCCUCCAUCCUCUUCCAAUUAUGUAAACCCUCACACACCAUCAUUUGUCUUCCUCCCUGAACGGCCACCACCAGCUCCCUGCCCAGCUCUGCCAUGUGCUGCACCUCCCCAGGGAUCCCGGCACUGUGUCUCCAUGCUCAGCACAGCUGGGUUCAUUCCAUCUGUUUAUAUUUGCCCUGAGUACUUUCCUGUAUCUUAGUGGUUUGUCUCACUCCUGGACUGCAAGUUCACCCAGGUUCACACUUUCCACUGUGUGUCUUUUCAACUUCCAGGAUAGCAGUUCCCAUGGUCUGCACCUAAUAAAUGUGUCUGACU